CACAUUAGCAUUUUUGAGGACAUGAGUCUGCCUCACACUUCUUAUAAAUACAACUUGACUCAGCCACUCCAUGACUGACACCCUUGGGACAUGAAGUGGAUACUGUUCUUUGGGGCCCUUAUUGGGCUCAGCAUCUGUGGCCGAGAAAAGUUUUUUGGGGACCAAGUUUUUAGGAUUAACGUCAGAAAUGGAGACGAGAUCAGCAAACUAAGUCAGCUAGUGAAUUCAGACAACCUUAAGCUCAACGUCUGGAAAUCUCCCUCCACCUUCGGUCAUCCCAUGGAUGUCCUGGUCCCAUCUGUCAGUCUGCAGCUAGUGAAAUCCUUCUUGAAGUCCCGGGGUUUAGAGUACUCAGUGACAAUUGAAGACCUGCAGGCCCUUUUAGAUAAUGAAGAUGAAGAAAUGCAACACAAUGAAGGACAAGAGCGGAGCAAUAAUAGCUUCAACUAUGGGGCCUACCAUUCCCUGGAAGCUAUUUACCGUGAGAUGGACAGCAUUGCCGGAGAUUUUCCUGAGUUGGCGAGCAGGGUGAAGAUUGGGCAUUCGUUUGAAAACCGGCCCAUGUAUGUACUAAAGUUCAGCACCGCAGAAGGCAGGCGGCGGCGGCCGGCCAUUUGGCUGAACGCAGGCAUCCACUCCCGGGAGUGGAUCUCGCAGGCCACGGCGAUCUGGACUGCGAGGAAGAUUGUAUCUGAUCACGGCAAGGAUCCAGCCAUCACCUCCAUUUUGGAGAAAAUGGAUAUUUUCUUGUUGCCUGUGGCCAAUCCUGACGGAUAUGUGUACACACAAACUCAAAACCGACUGUGGAGGAAGACACGGUCCCACAAUCCUGGAAGCCCUUGCGUUGGCACUGAUCCAAAUAGAAAUUGGAAUGCUGGUUUUGCAGGAGAGGGAGCCAGUGACAACCCUUGCUCUGAAGUAUACCAUGGACACCAUGCCAACUCGGAAGUGGAGGUGAAGUCAGUGGUAGAUUUCAUCCAAGAACAUGGGAAUUUCAAAUGCUUCAUCGACUUGCACAGCUACUCACAGCUGCUGAUGUAUCCAUAUGGGUACAUGGUCAAGAAGGCCCCAGAUGCUGAUGAACUGGACAAGGUGGCGAGGUGUGCGGCCAAAGCUCUGGCUUCCCUGUCGGGCACUACAUACCAAGUGGGUCCUAUCUGCACCACUGUCUAUCUAUUUGGGAUAGUUGAAGAAUAAGUACAUGAAGAUAAACUGCAGAACAUCCAAGACAAGAAGAUCUUCAAAGCAACCAGGGAUAAGAAAAGAUCACCUGCUAAAGAACAGUGACUAGACUAAUCAAUUACAUUUUAACAGUAAAAAUGGAAGCCAGAAGACUGUGGGAGAUGUUUCCAAUGUGCUGAGAGUAAAACAAUAAUCAACCUGGAAUGGAUACCCAGUUAAACUAUUUUAAGAAUGAAAGCAAAAUAGAGGUGCCUGGGUGGUGUGGUAGGUUAAAUGUCCUGCUCUUGGUUUUGGCUCAGGUCAUGAUCUCAGGGUCAUGAGAUCGAGUGAGCCCCACUUUGGGUUUUGCGCUCAGCACAGAGUCUGCUUGAGAUUCUCUCUCCCUCUCCCUACCCCUCCCACUUGUGCUCUCUCCCUGCCUCCCACCAAAUAAAUAAAUAAAUCUUAAAAAAAAAAAAAAAGAA